UUCUUCCGAGGGUUUUCUCGAUGAAGUGAGGGAACUAAGGAAGCGGGCUGAGGAAAUCCCAGAUGAUUACUUUGUUGUUUGGUUGGAGAUAUGAUCACUGAGGAAGCUUUGCCCACCUAUCAGACAAUGCUCAAUACCGCUGAUGGUGUUCGUGAUGAAACUGGGGCAAGUCCAACUUCUUGGGCAGUUUGGACCAGGGCCUGGACUGCUGAGGAAAACAGGCAUGGUGACCUUCUAAACAAGUACCUCUACUUGAGUGGGAGAGUGGAUAUGAGGCAGAUCGAAAAGACGAUUCAGUAUCUUAUUGGAUCAGGAAUGGAUCCACGCACAGAGAACAGCCCCUACCUUGGCUUUAUUUACACAUCUUUCCAGGAGAGGGCGACUUUCGUAUCGCAUGGUAACACUGCAAGGCACACACAGGACUAUGGUGACAUGAAGCUCGCUCAGAUCUGUGGAAUCAUUGCUGCUGAUGAAAGGCGCCAUGAGACUGCCUACACCAAGAUCGUGGAGAAGCUGUUUGAGAUUGACCCUGAUGGCACAGUCUUGGCAUUUGCUGACAUGAUGAAGAAGAAGAUAUCCAUGCCUGCUCAUAUGAUGUAUGAUGGGCAAGAUGACAACCUCUUUGAGCAUUUCUCAGCUGUUACUCAGAAGUUGGAGGUUUAUACAGCUAAGGAUUAUACAGAUAUAUUUGAAUUCCUGGUUGAUCGAUGGAAUGUUGAGAAGCUAACGGGUCUUUCUGGGGAGGGGCAGAAGGCCCAAGAUUUUGUGUGUGGCUUGGCUCCAAGGUUUAGGAGGUUGCAAGAGAGAGCCCAAAGUCGGGCAAAGCAAAUCGGAAGAGUUCCUUUCAGCUGGAUUUUCAACAAGGAAGUUCUGUAG